AUGGCGAGGCCGCACGCCGUGGUGGUGCCGUUCCCGGGCUCCGGCAACAUCAACCCGGCGCUGCAGCUGGCCAAGCUGCUGCACCGCCACGGCGUCUACAUCACCUUCGUCAACACCGAGCACAACCACCGCGUCAUGGAGACCACGGAGGGCGCCGCUGCCGUGCGUGGCAGCGAGGGGUUCCAGUUCGAGGCGAUCCCGGACGGGCUUGUGGAGGCUGACCGGGACGCCGGGGACUAUGACCUCGUCCUGUCUGCCGCCACGAGCCACCGGUGCGCGGGGCCGCUGAGGGAGCUCAUCCUGCGUGUCAAUGGCAGGGCGGGCGUGCCACCGGUGACGUGCGUGGUGCCAACGGCGCUGAUGAGCUUCGCGCUGGACGUGGCGCGGGAGCUGGCCGUGGCCAGCAUGGUGCUCUGGGGAGGUAGCGCCGCAUCGUUGAUGGGUCACAUGCGGCUCCGGGAGCUAAAGGAAAGAGGCUAUUUGCCACUCAAAGACGAGAGCUGCUACACGAACGGACACCUGAGUACGACGCUCAUCGACUGGAUCCCGGGCAUGCCGCCGAUCAGCCUUGGAGACGUCUCCAGUUUCGUCCGCACCACCGACCCGGACGACUUCGGCCUCCAUUUCAACAUCGUGGAGGCCAACGGCUGCACCAAGGCCGGCGCGCUCAUCAUCAACACCUUCGACGACCUAGAGGCUGACGUCCUCGCCGCCCUCCGCGCCGAGUACCCGCGCAUCUACACCGUCGGCCCCCUAGGCUCCCUCCUCAACCACCAGCUAAGGGGCGACGACGAUGCCUCCGCCAUAGGCCUAAGCCUGUGGAAGCAGGACACCGAGUGCCUCGCGUGGCUGGACACGCAGCAGCCGGGCUCCGUCGUGUACGCCAACUUCGGCAGCCUUACGGUCCUUUCCACCGACCAGCUCGCCGAGUUCGCGUGGGGCCUCGCGGCCAGCGGCCAUCCGUUCCUCUGGUCCAUCAGGGACAACCUUGUCCCCGGCGCCGGCGCUGGCGCGAGCUCGCUGCCGGCGGAGUUCGUCGCGGCGACGGCAGGGCGGUGCUGCCUGACCACGUGGUGCCAGCAGGAUCGGGUCCUUGGGCACCCGGCCGUGGGGUGCUUCCUGACACACAACGGGUGGAACUCCACCUGCGAGAGCGUGGCGGCCGGCGUGCCGAUGGUGUGCUGGCCGGGGUUCGCCGACCAGUACACCAAUUGCAAGUACGCCUGCGAGGUGUGGGGCGUGGGCCUCCGGGUUGACGAGGAGGUGAGGAGGGAGCAGGUGGCCAGCCACGUCAGGCAUGCGAUGAAGGCAGAGGAGAUGCGGGGGAGCGCGGCCGGGUGGAAGGCCAAGGCGGAGGAGGCAGUGGCGCCCGGCGGGUUGUCGUGCGAGAACCUGCAGAGCAUGGUCAGAGCGCUCGGCUGUGUCAAUGCUGCUGAAGUCCCAGGAGUUUAA